CUGAUAAAAAAUUUCCUAUUUCAUUUAGAAUUUUCCAAUUAAAAAAAUUCAAAAUACUCGAAAUUAGGGAUUGCAGAACAGGGACUGAUCUUCGGCUUCUGAUGAUGGAUCCGCUCUCCGCCCUCCGCGACUACACCAUUCGCGGCGACCUCGACAAGAUUGUGCGCGUCAACGAUGACUUCCGUUUCGGCUCCGACUACACCUUCCCCUGCAACGCCGAGACCGCCUACCGCUCUAAGCAGGGCAACCUCUACACCCUCGAAACCCUAGUGUACUACAUCAAGAACCACCACAUCAAGCACACCGACUACAUGCACGAUGCCCGCGCCCACCGCAUCCCCGCCGUCACCUUCACCGACCGCAAAACCCUCCUCGAUUACCUCACCGGAAAGGUCGCCUCUUCCGAUUCCAUCGUCUGGAAUCCCCCCAAAUUUCCAGAGGAAUAUCGCCCUGAUGCUUCCGCGUUCGAUGCUGACAGUAAUAACAACAACAGCAACAGCAAAAACAUGGACGUUGAUGACGCUCGCGAUAGCAAAUUGGGUGUUGCUCAGGACGAAACUGAGCAAAUGGAUUAUAUUUCUGUGAUUCGAUCAAUUGAGAAGCCGUUGAAGGACAGGGAAGCCAUAUUGGAGUGCAAGAAUAGGGAUUUUUACAGUGUUCUUGUGGCAUCGACUAAGAGAGAGGAGGAGAGGCAGAGGAUAGAAUCCCAGCAGAGAAAGGAUGGUCUGGUGGCGAAGAGUAGGUUGAUGGGGGCGGAUGAAAGGGGGUUGGGGUUAGGUUAUGGGGAUGAGAUGAUGGGGUUUGAUUCUAAGCCGAAAAUGCACUUGAAAGGGGGCAAGAUUGGCGAGGGGGUGCCUAUAAUUUUGGUGCCAAGUGCUUUCCAGACGCUGAUUACGAUAUACAACGUCAAGGAGUUUCUUGAGGAUGGGGUUUUUGUCCCCACUGAUGUGAAGGUGAAGCAGAUGAAGGGGGCGAGGCCAGAAUGUGUUACUGUGCAGAAGAAGUUCAGUAGGGAUAGGGUGGUAACGGCUUACGAGGUCAGAGAUAAGCCCUCUGCAUUGAAGCCAGAGGAUUGGGAGAGGGUGGUUGCAGUUUUUGUUUUGGGGAAAGAGUGGCAGUUCAAGGACUGGCCGUUUAAGGAUCAUGUGGAGCUGUUUAAUAAGAUUAUUGGAUUUUACAUGAGGUUUGAAGAUGACAGUGUGGAAUCAGCCAAGACUGUGAAGCAGUGGAAUGUGAAGAUCAUCUCAAUUAGCAAAAACAAGCGACAUCAAGACAGGGCUGCUGCACUGGAAUUCUGGGACAGACUAGAGGAGUUUGUACGCUCACGAUCUCAUUCCUGAGCUGCUCAGCUUUUAGGCAACAUUCAUGUGUGCUACUUUAACAAUCAUUAAGUAGAAUCCAAAGUGUGCUUCUUAAGUUACUUGAACUGGAGAAUCUGGAAGUUUGUGACAGUGAGGCUAUGUGGGCAGAUAAUAUUUAUUGAAGACAUUUGCUUUGCUACUGGAGGUGCUUACCUUUAACUGUUGGUUGUGUUUCAAUGAGCAUCCAUGCACGUUAGUGGUUUGUUACAACUGUAACACCUCUGCUAAUUUUGCUGCUGGAAUGAUUCCUCUUUCUGGAAUACGGAUCCAUGUGGCACAAGGUCUGUUAUCAAGAUGCUUCUCCUCCAUGUAUUGUCAAUUUUUGCUUAUGCUAGUUAGUCAUAGAGCAGUUCUAAAGAAUUUCUGACAUCUGGUUAACUAAUUCUUUACCUUCGUUUGGUACUU